GGGCCGGGGCGCGCUAAGUUUCUCCCGGUCCCUGCGGUCCCCCCCGGCGGGAGCCCGGCUCUUCUCCUGGGCUGCUCCUCUAAGUCAUUCAAGCUGUACUCGCCAAAGGAGCCCCCCAACGGCAACGCCUUCCCCCCUUUCCACCCGGGCACCAUGCUGGAUCGAGAUGUGGGACCUACCCCCAUGUACCCGCCGACGUACCUGGAGCCCGGGAUAGGGAGGCACACGCCGUACGGGAACCAGACUGACUACAGGAUAUUCGAGCUGAACAAGCGGCUGCAGAACUGGACAGAGGAAUGUGACAAUCUCUGGUGGGACGCCUUUACCACGGAGUUCUUUGAGGACGACGCUAUGCUAACGAUCACCUUCUGCCUGGAGGAUGGACCAAAGAGAUACACCAUCGGUCGGACUCUGAUUCCCCGUUACUUCCGCAGCAUCUUUGAGGGGGGGGCCACGGAGCUGUACUACGUCCUCAAGCACCCCAAGGAGUCCUUCCACAACAACUUCGUCUCGCUGGACUGCGACCAGUGCACCAUGGUGACCCAGCACGGCAAGCCCAUGUUCACGCAGGUGUGCGUGGAGGGACGGCUCUACCUGGAGUUCAUGUUCGACGACAUGAUGAGGAUAAAGACGUGGCACUUCAGCAUCCGGCAGCAUCGGGAGCUCAUUCCCCGCAGCAUCCUCGCCAUGCACGCACAGGACCCCCAGAUGCUGGACCAGCUGUCCAAGAACAUCACCCGCUGCGGGCUGUCCAACUCCACCCUCAACUACCUCCGGCUCUGCGUCAUCCUGGAGCCGAUGCAGGAGCUGAUGUCGCGGCACAAGACCUACAGCCUCAGCCCCCGCGACUGCCUCAAGACCUGCCUGUUCCAGAAGUGGCAGCGGAUGGUGGCUCCGCCAGCCGAACCGGCACGGCAGCAGCCCAGCAAGCGCCGGAAACGGAAGAUGUCGGGGGGCAGCACCAUGAGCUCCAGCGGUGGCAACGCGAACAACAGCAACAGCAAGAAGAAGAGUCCGGCCAGCACCUUCGCCCUGUCCAGUCAGGUACCUGAUGUGAUGGUGGUGGGCGAGCCUACGCUGAUGGGGGGCGAGUUCGGAGACGAGGACGAGCGGCUCAUCACCCGGCUGGAGAACACGCAGUUCGACGCCGCCAACGGCAUCGAUGACGAGGACAGCUUCAACAACUCGCCCGCGCUGGGCGCCAACAGCCCCUGGAACAGCAAGCCGCCUUCCAGCCAGGAGAGCAAGUCGGAGAACCCAACGUCGCAGGCCUCCCAGUAACGCCCGCCCGCCGCCCAGCCCACGCCGGCCAGGCCCAGCCACCCGGACGCUUGCCAAGGAAAGGGACUGGGAAGCGGAUCGGUGCCGCCUGGUACCAGGGCAUGGGGCCCCCGGCCCUGCCAGCCGCCCAGCCCCCGCUCUCUGCACUCCUGCCUUCCCAUGGGGCCCAUUCUCUCCCCCACGCAGGGCUGGGGUCAUUAUAUCCACCCCCCAGCCCAUGUUCCCCGGCCUGCCCUUGCCAAACGGGGGAGCCUGGCCCUGGGGAGAGGGGAGUCUGCUUCCGUGGCUCCCACCCAUUACCACCUGACCCCCUCCUUCGAUGGGGAAACCAGCAGCCGGCGAGCGCCCGGGGACUAGGGUUGGGGCUCCCCGAGUUGCGGUACACUGAGGCAGGGUGCGAUCGGGAGCGAAGUGAGUGCGUCGCUCCAGCCCCAUAACCCACGAAGCGGCUGCUUCUCCCAUCCCCCUCUGAGCUGGCCUGGUGCAGCCUGCAAGCAUCCCCUACGCGGGGCAGGUAGCCAUUCGGGAGGCUCGACUCGGACUGUCGUGCCCCCCUCUGGCCGCUGGGGAGGUGGGAGCCAGGCAGGGCUGGGAGAGGUUUUGCCCUCGGGCCGAGGUGGAGCUGUGUGUGUAUAUAGAAACCUGCCAUGGAGAGGAAUCCCCUUAAACCUGGGGCUGGGAAGGGAGGAGGGGUCAGAGGCCGAAAUGGAAAAGUGCCCCAAGUCCACACCUGGUUUCCUCACUGUUCCUCUCGCUCUGUGUGUGUCGGCCUGGGCCCCGCCUGGCCCCGGGCUCCUGGGCUCCCCCAACUGGUUUUUUUUAAAUAAUAUUAAAAUUGUAAGUUUAAAAAAAAAGCCCCCCCUCCCCCACACUCCUUCACCCUGAUCUCCCCCCCGCCCCUCCCCAACCUGCCCUGAUUUUUGUACAGGCCUCUGGAUCGCUUGGGAGUCGUGUUUUCUACCGUUCAGAGAGCUUCAGACCCAGGAGAGACUUUGCAGACUUCCUUUCCAAUCCCUCCAGGGGCGGGGGGGGCCCCCACCCCCUCCAUGUAAAUCUUGUGUGGUGUAGUCCCCCCCCCCGGGUUUGUGUACCUCGUGCUUGUACAUUUCCGCGCUGUAGACGGUGUAUGAUCCUGUUCUUUCAAUGUGUUCUCACUAGAGCAGCUGCCUCCUUUGAUGUUAGGGGAAACCAGAAGAAUAAUAACGAUUUUUAAAAGGAAAA